GUAUCAUGUUUGCCGGUUCCAUAGGAACUCCGAAAUCACUAUUCUUCUCUUCAUGCAGGUCCCUUCUGUUUCUUCUUUUGCUGCCUCCUUUGGUUCCCGGAUUCUGAUUGAACCUAAUAUCGAAAAAUAUUUGAUCUCACGGCCUGUGCCUGUCUUCUAUGAUCUAAAUUAAUUUCCAAGAAGCAUUAGCUUGAAGGUGGUGAGGCAUGAGGCAAGUUCUGGCCUAUCUGAACAGUCAUGUAUCUAUGACGUUGUUAAAAUAUUCAUCACCGACUUGAGCUAAAAGAAACUUCUUUCCAAAUGAGGGCAUACUUGGGCCUGUGGGAGAGAAAAAAUGUUAUGGCAGCCUGCUCGUGUAAUGGUUGUCUUGUUCUUCAUAACAGCUGCAUUAGUGGGAGGAUAAGGAAGCUGGAAUCAAUGGAUAUCUUCAGGCAUUUGGGAGCUGGGCAAACCAACAGAGAUCCUGGCAACCAUAAGGAAUUUAGACGAGCUCCAGUUUGUAUGGACAAAACCCUAGAAUCUAGAGAUAUAUCCGUGAGAAUAGUUCAUGCAGGUGGAAAAGAGAAGCUCUAUCAAAAUGUCAUUCCUGCAUCCCAAGUGAUGGAGAAGUAUCCAGGGAUGUGUGUUGCGCGUCCUGGAGUUUUCAAGAAGCCUCAUGAGUCCCUUUUAUGGCCUGAAGAAAACCUGUUACCUGGUCAGAAAUAUUACAUGAUCCCAUCUACUACAGCACAAAAACUGAAGCGUAGAGUCAGAAGACCUGGUAAAGGCAACGAAAUGGCGUCAGAUGAAAGGAUCACUUGGGAUAUAAGUGAAGAAAACAUGGAGGCAUCUGUUUAUUCUGCAAAAGAAAUCUAUGUUCCCAAAGUUUCCCAAGAUAGGCGCCAGGAGAGGCGGGUAAAAAAUGCAUCCCGCAGCAAAGGUGGAAGGGUAGUGAAGAAGCAUUUUGUACCCCCAUUACCAAGGACAAUAUCAAUAAAGGAAGCAGGGUGGGCACCCAGCUUAAAUUCUGUACAAGAAAUUUCUCCAUGACAUUUUUCUUUUUCUAGCUGACGUUCAUCACUUACUCGGUAUGUUCUCCUGCAACAAAGUGGAAUUGCUUAUUUACUUGUAUUGAUAUCUUGAGAAAGUUUGGAAGGAAAAUAAUAAUGAAAUACUGAUUGAAGACUUCUCAAUUUUAUGUUGUACAGGUCUUGAUGUGUUUUGUAUUCAGAGUCUGCUUCUAUCAGUAGUCAUUUUGUAGAUUCUUCCAAUCACCCUAAAUUGCUUGGAUCCUAUGAAAGUAUUUAUUGGUGUAACAGGCAGGCCUUCACACCAGUAAUAGUGGGAUUUUAGGAAAUUUACCUUUUACUGGCCUUCUCAAGAGCAAACCUUAAUCAACAAAGUGCAGGCAG